AGAAAACAAUAGUAUCCAAAUUUCAAUCAAUCAAACCAUCGAUCCACCAUGGAAACACACUUGAAUCAAGAGACAUCGAGCAUGGAUGCCGAGUUACAAUCGAAAUUACUUCAUGACGAUCAUCAUGUUCAAAAGGGUGGUCUCAGGACCAUGCCCUUCAUCAUAGUUAACGAAGCAUUUGAGAGUAUUGCGAGUCAUGGAUUGACAAUGAACAUGAUCUUCUAUCUAAUGGAAGUUUAUCACAUGGAAGCUGCGACCGGAACCAGCGUACUCUAUGUCUGGUCCGCGCUUUCGAAUGGUCUCUCCAUCUUUGGGGGUUUGAUAUCCGACUCUUAUUUGGGUCGGUUUCGGGUCAUUGCCAUCGGGUCUCUCUUUAGUCUUAUUGGGGUGACUCUUCUCUGGUUGACAUCCAUUGUUCCACAAUUAACACCUUCAUCAUGCCAAGAACCCGGCACAGGUUGCAGCCCGCCAACACGGGCCCAGUUCGGUUUCCUUUACACAUCCUUUGGUAUAAUGUCUAUCGGGUCGGCCUGCAUCAGACCCUGUUCCAUAGCCUUUGGUGCUGACCAACUCAAACACCAUAAAAACCAAAGGCUUAUUGAUAGCUACUUCAACUGGUAUUAUGCUUCUGCCACUAUUUCCAUUGCUAUUGCUUCUACUGUUGUGGUCUACAUUCAAGACCGGUUUGGUUGGCGGGUCGGGUUUGCGGUUCCAGUUUUGGCAAUGUUUUGUUCUGUUCUCAUGUUUUUACUCGGGUCACCUCUUUAUGUCAAAGUCAAAGUUGACAAGAGCCCGUUUUCGGGUUUGAUUCAAGUCUUAAUCGUUGCGUUUAGGAACCGUAAGAUCCGUCUUCUUCCUGAUGACUGCUAUAACUAUAGCAAUGAUAUGGAUCAAGUUGAGUUAACCGACGGUUUAAGGUUUCUUAACAAAGCGUGUGUUGUUAGAGAUGUGGACAUUGGUUUUUCGGGCUCAAACUUGUGUGGUAUCCCCACAGUCGAAAAUGUGGAAUCCCUCAAAUCCCUAAUUCGGAUAGUACCUAUUUGGUCAUCGGGCAUUCUAGUAUUCGUAAACUUGUUGCAAAAGUUCCCAACACUUGAAGCCGAAAAAAUGAACCGAAGGAUCACCUCAAGUUUCGAGAUCCCGGCAGCGUCUUUCAACUUGUUUAUGCUUUUGACAAUCACAAUAUGGAUCCCGUUUUAUGACCGUGUUAUGGUCCCGUUUCUAGCAAAAUUUACACACGAGCCUCGAGGGCUCAACCUGAAAACCCGAAUGGGAGUUGGGAUAAUAUUGUCAAUCGUAACCAUGGUAGUAUCCGCAAUCGUGGAAACCAUAAGGCGUGAUUUAGCAAACUCAAACAUGAGGGUUGUCAUGUCAGCGAUGUGGUUGGUCCCACAGUUCGUAUUACUAGGUUUAACCGAAGCGUUUAAUGGAAUUGGACAAUUGGAGUUUUAUUAUUCCGAGCUCCCAAAUAGCAUGCCGAGUUUAGCAAUGGUUAUGUUUAAGGUGAGCAUGGCGGUUGCUUCGCUUAUUGCAAGCCUUUUAACUAAUAUUGUGGACUCGGUUACUGGCCAAGGAGGUGGCGUAAGUUGGCUGUCGAGUGAUAUUGAUGAGGGACAUGUGGAUUACUAUUAUUGGUUGCUUAGUUUCUUGACUUUGCUCAACUUUGUCUACUACUUAAUUUGUUGUCGUCUAUGAAGCACGGGGACGCCAAGUAUCAUCGAGUAUCCGUCCCGAGGAUGUUUUGGGGGCGGAAACGCCAUGGGGACGUUCCUCAAAUGUUUCCGGGAAAGUGGGGACGACAGUAUGACGUUUCGGGGACGUUUCCUAUUAUAUCUGGCGAAAAAAUCCGACUCCAGUGAUGCUUGCUGCCGGAAAACAUGAAGAAGAUAAUAGAAGAAGAAAAUGAAGAUAGCGGCAGGUUUCAACAUGUUUUAGGUUUUACGGUUAUAUAACUUUAUGUAUUUUGGCAUUUAGCCCCUCUAUCUUUCACUAGUUUUCAACAUGUUUUAGGUUAUAUAACUUUAUGUAUUUUGACAUUUAGCCCAUCUAUGUUUCAC